AUGAUCUCAGCACCGCAAAUUAUUUCACUGUCUGAGCCCAGCCACCCGCUCAAUCUCAUACCGAUUCCCGAGCUGAAGGCGGAUAUGUCAAACUUCGGGCAGUGGGACCACGCUGUGACGUUCCAUCUACGGAUUCACAAUUUGUUGGAUCAUGUCACUCCUUUCGCCCUGAAGGAGCCGACUACGGAGGAAGAGCGCCACGCCCAGGAGACUCACUCCCUGCAUGCCUAUUCUCUCAUCGCCUCGAAGAUCGAGAGAAUCGGCCCCGAGUUCGCAAAGUAUUUCGGGAGACAGUUAUUCACCGACCAGCCGCACUGCUUUCACUUCAACCCGGGAAAACUUUGGGCCGACAUUCAUUUGUUGGGCCGCAAUACUCUUUUCCCUCGUACCUCGUAG